AUGGCCCAUUUUCCCAACCAUCAUGGAUGGAUGUACGACCGUUGUUAUAGUGGAGGGAGAGGUUUGAAGGAAACUUUUGUCAUCGAAGUUGAAGAGUUUGUGGAGACGGCCCGACGAUAUCACUAUUAUGCUGUUGAUGGAGGGAUUCGAUGUCCAUGCAUCAAGUGCGAAUGUACAAGGAUUUUGAAAGAUGAAGUCGUCAAACUUCACCUAUACCAAAAAGGGUUCAUGCCUAAUUACACGGUUUGGACAUUUCAUGGUGAAGAAAUUCCUUCGACCUCCACUGCAGCUGAAAAGCGGCUUGCAUCAGGUUCGAAUACUAUUGUACACACAUCUGAGAUAGAUCAAUUUGUCGAUAUGCAAGAGAUAGUCGACAAUGCUCUUCGUCGCCUUCUGAACAAGAAGGAAACAAUAGUCAUUAUGAAGAGCCUCCAAAUGAAACCACUCAAAGGUUCAACUGAGUCUAAAUUAUCAGUGUGCAUUAGACUCAUGGCUGGCAAAUCUAAUUGGAACGUGCCCAUUCAAGUAGUGGACUUUUAUACAAAAUUGAUGUUAGAUUUGACACCACCAAACAAUUUUAUGCCGAAGAAUUAUUACCAAGCCAAAAAAUGUGUUUCAAAGUUGGGACUGGAAGUCAAGAAGAUUGAUUGUUAUGUUAAUGGAUGUAUGUUAUUCUACGACAAUGACAAUGGCAAACAUGAUGCAUUGUUGGUUGAAUGCAAGUUUUUUGGUUCACCUCGAUAUCAUACGAUGCAUGCUGGACAGAGGCAAAAAAAACCCAUUCCCUUAAAGUCCAUGUUCUACUUGCCUAUAAUUCCAAGAUUAAAAAGAAUGUUUACUUCAAUGCAAACAUCAGAACACAUGACAUGGCAUGAUGGUAACAAAACUGAAGGAUUUUUGUGUCAUCCUUCUGAUGGUGAAGCUUCAAAGCACUUCAAUCGUAAACAUUCAUCCUUUGCUAGUGAACCGCGUAACGUCAGACUUGGUCUAUGCUCUGAUCGGUUUACCUCGUACAUUCAGGCCUUUGCAUCACCAUAUUCAUGUUGGCCCAUGAUAGUUACCCCAUACAAUUUACCACCUGAGAUGUAUGACAAAGCCUUACAUGUUUUUAUCGUGUAUAAUACCAGGAAGCAAAAUUUCCUUAUGAGGGCAGCCUCGAUAUGGACUAUUAAUGACUUCCCAGCGUACGACAUGUUAUCUGGUUGGAGCACGCAUGGUCAGUUAGCUUGUCCACAUUGCAUGGAACAUACAAAUUCAUUCCAAUUGAGUUAUGGUCGGAAAAGUAGUUGGUUUGACUGCCAUCGACGGUUCUUGCCCAUUGAUCACCCCUUUAGAAGAAACAAAAAGGCAUUUCGCAAAGGGCAAGUUGAAACGGAUUUGCCCCUGCCGAAGUUGAUUGGAUCACACAUUUGGAGAAGAGUUAAAGACUAUCCAAAAGUUACUGAAUCUGGUCAGAAUAAGAUAAAAGGGUUUGAAGAAUGA